UACUGCUGUUCUGUUUAAUUAAUUAACCUACCUGUGCACAUGCGCGAAAACAAUGACAGAAUCUAAUGAAGCGAGAAGCCGAGAAAGCAGUCCAGAACUUUCGUUGCCGUGGCCUUCAUAUUCUAAUUAUUUCGAAGUUCGGUCGAGUAAUCAAAAUAACCCUAUUGUGAAGUGCUUGUGUGGUGCUGCGAACAAUAAAGCUGGAAUCACAAUGCCCCGACGGGUCCGACACGACAGGCCCGACAAACUGUCGUGCAGCAUCUCAGCACGACAGAUUGAAAAGCGUAAGGUCACAAUACCACGACAAAAAUAACCCGACGAUUUUCAAUUUGGCCUUCGGCAAAUCGUGCCAAGCUAAAUACUUCAAUUAAAAUGCAUUAUAGAAAGCGUUAAAAACAAAGUAGGCUCUUUUAUUCAUUAUUGACAGUUGAAGUGCAAAAAAAAACAUUUAGUCGUCUGCGAUACGAAGUAAGGUUAAUUUGAUUUGUAAAACAAAGAGUAGUUUAUUAUAGGUACAAGGAAACAAGAUAAAGAUAUGUCAGUGAGGGACAGAAAAAUACUCCUGAUGUUAGCUGUGCGAAGAAUUAAAAAGAAACGAAAAAUUAAAAGUUGGAUUCUAAAAUAAAGACUUUAACCAUAAACACGAUGAAAUCUGUUUAUGUUUAUAUAAACAGACUAAGGCAAGCUACAAAUUUUUCUAUUCACCACACGUAAAACAAAAUUUCACUUUUCAGCAAAAAGAUUUACCAAGUAGGUAAAUAUUUUUGAAAUUUAGUUCUGUGCUGUUUCCUUUCCGUUGCCGUUUUCUUUUCUGUUGGGCCCCGACACGACGAAAUUAGAAAUAGAAUCUAUUCCUUGCAGGACGUCGGGGUGCGUAUUUUGUCGGGCUGAUGUCACGGCGAGCAUGUAUUUCAUUGGCUAUUGAACUUGUCGGGCCUGUCGUGUCGGGGCCGUCGGGGCAUUGUGAUUCCAGCAUUAUACCUAUGAUCCGAACGAACGAACAUUUCAUUAUUUUAUAGUGUGAACUAAUUACUCAAUAUUAUGAAGUAAUGAUGUCAGAACUUUGAAUUUUUUAUAACUGUGAAACCUCUGAAAUGGAUCAAGCAUUGAUACCUGUUGCCAGAUUGCCAGUGAAGCGUAAAGACUUGGAGAUAACGAAGUGGCAUUUAUGCAUAUUUUGUCAAGUUGUAUCCAGUGGAAAUCUGACAAAUGGUGGCAAAGAAGGAGUAAAUCGUGUUAAGGAAUGCUACUAUAAACGUAUGUCUUAUAGUGAUGUAAAUAACUGGGAGGUACUGAAGCGUCUCGAGCUAGACAUAGAAACACUAGAGCUAAAAGAUCCAAAAUGGCAUAAAGCAAGUUGUUAUGCCAGUUUUUGCAGUAAGAGCAACAUUGACAGACUUAAAAUACGGUUUGAAAAGGCUGUGGAAAUUCCUAUCACAAAUAUUUGUUCCAGCAGUGAUAUUGAUAACACACAACCCUGCACAUCUGCCCCUGCAACAAGGGGGCGAAUACCAACUGUCAACUGGUCUUUGUGUAUAUUUUGCCAACUGAGAAAGAACAAAGGUUCUAUCAAAAUGUCACAAGUAUUAACUAAGAAUGGAGAGAACAGUAUUCACGAAAUUGCCACAAGCGAUGAAGAGCUACGUUGUCGAACUGCAGGAUUAGAUCUUAUAGCAUAUGAAGCAAAAUAUCACAAAUCAUGAUACGCCAAUCGAUUACAGAAUAAAACUGCUCAUACAAAUAAUACAUCCAGCCAAGAAACCAGUUCUUUUGAAAUUGCGAUGACAAUUCUUAUAGAGGAAUUAGAAAAGGGUUUUAAGGCUGGUCAUGUGUAUUCCUUGGAUCAAGUGACUGAACAUUAUCGUGAAUUGGUGUCCGAAAUUCAAGGAUACAACUGUUCUUAUAGUACACAGAAACUGAAAGGAAGAUUACAGUCAUUCUAUGGGGACCGAAUGGAUUUUGUGCAACCACUUCAGCGAUCUCAAUCAAUUAUAAUAUUCCCUCGUGUUCCAGUUUCCAUAGCAAUGCGAGCACUGAAAUUUGAGACCGACAAAAUUCAUGAAAUCGAUGUAGAAGAUGAACUAACAAUUGCUGACUGUCCAAGUGAAGAAGGUGUGUUUCUUCAAGCUCUACAACUUGUAACAACCAAGAUACGUACAGAUUUAAAUUCAACUGAAGGACAUACAUCGUAUGGUAAUCUCAAUAUUGAUCAUGCCAAAAAGACCAUUCCUGAUAGUUUGUAUAUGCUUCUCAAGAUGUUAAUCAACAGAACUAGCGAAGAAGACGAUACAGAGGAAGUAAAAUUACUAAGCAUUCUUCAAGAUAUAGUAUCAUUAGCAUCUAAAGGGCGAAAAGUAACACCGAAGCAAAUUGGAAUAGGAUUAUCUGUGCAUCAAGCAACACGGUCAAAACAACUUGUACAGCUCCUGCAUGCUAGUGGACAUAGCAUCAGUUAUGAACGAGUGCAACGUAUUCAUGCUAGCAUUUAUAAAAAUCAGCUGCAUAGGUUUACAACAAAUGGAAACACAUUUAUUCCAGAAAAUUUUGUGUUUGGUCGCUUUGCACAAUUUGCGGCUGAUAAUUUAGAUAUAAAUGAAGAGACGUUAGAUGGAAAGGGAACAUUUCAUGUAACACAAAUGGUUGCAUUUCAGCGAGGUCCUGCUCCGAUUCAUGCACCCGAUCUACCAGAAACAAUUGGAAAAGAGCGAGUUAUUAAGGACAUUCCCUCCGAGUUGAAUAAAAUUUUGCCUUCAAAAUACAGACGUACUGUUCCAAAAUUUUCAAAUACACAAAAUGCAGAUGUUCUACUACAAACUAAUGAAAUUGUUGAAGAAAAAGUUCAUGCCUUGGACAUUGCUUGGUUACUGUCCCGUACAUCCAACAGUGAAGAUCAACAACAUGUUCCAGCAUGGAGAGGGUUUAACCAAGUAGUAUCUGAAACGAAUACUCAGGUAACUACUGUUGGAUACCUUCCUAUCAUACCAGCACCAGCUACUGAUUAUGACACUUUAUGGACAGUAAUAAACCGUUGUCAAAAAAUUGCAAGAAGAAUUGGCUUAAAACAUACAGUUCUUACAUUAGAUGAAUCUCUGUACAGCAAAGUGAAAGAACUGAUGUGGUGCCGGCCUGAAGAAUGUCAAGGUUUGGUACUGCGUCUUGGGUCUUUUCACAUUGCAAUGAACUUUCUAAUUGCUAUAGGACAACAUUUUUCAGAUAGUGGACUCACAGAUAUUUGGACUGAAUCUGGUGUAUUUACUGAAACUACGUCUCAGAACAUUCUGGAUGGAAAGAACUGGAACAGAUCAUUUCGUACACACUCUCUCACUUAUGAAGCUUUGUGGAGAAUCUAUUGGACAAAAUUUUUACAGUGGGUCCAGGAAACUGAUAGGACUGUUGAUAGCGACAUUGAACAAUUGUGUGAUUUAAUGGAGAGCAAUUUCAAAAUUAAUAAUUUCAACAGUAUCCAAGAAACUGUGAAAAAUAAAUUACUUCCUAAAACAAAGAUACUACAACAAAUGUUCAUUGAAUUCGAAGAAACAUUAAUUAGUCCCACUUCCAAGUACUGGUUGGAAUACAAAAAUAUGGUGCAAACACUCUUGGACUUUGUAAGAGCAGAAAGAGAAGGUAUAUGGCAACUACACUUGAGUUCGUUUAGCAAAAUGAUUCCAUGGAUGGUAAUGUAUGACCACACUAAUUAUGCUAGAUAUGGACCUAUUUAUCUAUCAGAUAUGAAACAGCUUUCCACAACUGCACCUGAUGUGUACGAAGAGUUCGAAUCUGGUGAUUUUGUUGUUAAAUCUACCACAGCACGCUUCAACCAGAUACCUGUAGAUCAAGCUUUAGAACAUGUUAAUAAAAAGGGCAAAAUAUAUGGAGGACUAGUCGGAAUAACAAGAACUGAGUCAGCACGUGAUGAAUGGUGUUUGACUUACAAUGGCCGUAGUAAACUUUCUGAAGACACAAUAAGUAUGUUUGGUUUGGCAGAUCUCGAAGACUUGGAUGAGCAACCACACAUUGAAAGAGGGAAGAAAAGGAUUACUCGUGAUGAAUGUGAUUUGAUGGCUCUUAAGAAUCAGUUUCAAUUCUGUGAUUUAUUUUCUGAGACUCCUUAUUUACUAAAUAUUUCAACAAAGGAAGUUGCUUCAGAAGACAUCCAGAAAGAUUUGCUCACAGCAUUUGAGAGAGGGAAGGUUGCUACCAAAGCCUUUAUUAAUGAUUGA